CAAGUUCAUCAUGUUCUGUGCAAGUAAAGUAUCUUUUGCUCUGUUCUUUGUUUUGAAAAUAGAACGUUGCAGUUGGUUGUUUGUACUGAAUGCAUGCUUUCCAUUUUAGUCUCUGGAGAGGCACCUGAAGAGCCUGUUGUCUCGCUCAAGUCUGGCAAUGUUUUUGAAAAGAGACUAAUCCACAAGUACAUUGCCGAUCAUGGCAAAGAUCCUAUUACAAACGAGGAAAUGACAACCGAAGAUUUGAUUGAAGUCAAAACCAGCCCUGCCACCGUUAAACCUCGUCCACCCAAAUUAUCGUCGGUUCCAUCGCUUUUGUCGACUUUGCAAAAUGAAUGGGAUAGUGUGAUGCUCGAAUCGUUCACCUUGAAGCAGGAAUAUCAACAAGUCCGACAAGAACUUUCGCAUGCCCUUUACCAAAACGAUGCCGCCGCUCGAGUUAUUGCGCGUCUCAAGAAGGAGCGUGACACGGCACGAGAUGCUCUCGCUAAUGUUCAAGCUCAUUUGGGCACAGCGGCACCUGCUGCUGCCGCACCUGCUGAAACUGAACAAACCAUGGAAGUCGACGCCGGUGGCUUACCUGAAGAGGUACUUGCCAAAAUUACAGAAACAGGCGAAGCACUUUCGCAAGGUCGUCGCAAGAGAAAACCACCGGCGGAGCACACAUCGGCCGAUACUGUCAAGACAUUUGUUCAGACAAGCACCAUUCCUUCCAUGCAUUCAUCUCGUACACCUGGUAUCACGGCCGUCGAUGUUGACAAGACAGGCAAGCUGAUCUUGACGGGUGGUAACGAUAAGCAUGUGCAAGUGUAUGACAAGGAAGAAGACAAGGUGGUGGCCAACCUGACGGGACAUACCAAGAAGAUUACCUCUGUUAAAUUCAGAGGCCAGGACACAGAAAACGACAUCAUUCUCAGUGCCAGUGCUGAUAAGCAUGUCCGUGUCUGGGCGGCGGGCGGUGCCAAGGGUUACCAUAUGGCCCACAAUAUCACAUCACACAAGGGUGAAGUCACCGGUCUUGCCGUUCAUCCUAGCAAGGAUUACUUUGUCAGUGCUAGUUUGGAAACCAAAUGGGCUUUGCAUGACUUUGAAACUGGCAAAUCCAUUGUUGAAGCUUACGACCCCGACUCACAAAGCGGUUAUACUACGGUUGAAUUCCAUCCUGACGGUAAUAUUUUGGGUACCGGUACGGGUGAUUCCGUGAUUCGUAUUUGGGAUGUCAAAUCGCAGCGUGUGGCUGCCAGCUUUGGUGAUCAUACCGGCAAAAUCAAUGCACUGACUUUCUCCGAGAAUGGUUACAUUCUUGCUACGGCUUCGGAAGACAACUUGAUCAAGAUUUGGGAUCUUCGUAAACUCAGCAACACAAAGACAUUCACUCUUGAUGAAGGUUAUAAGGUCCAUUCGCUCGCAUUUGAUGAGUACGGACAGUACCUUGCCAUUGGUGGUACCGAUGUUACAAUCUUGAAAGCCAAGGAUGGUUCCCCCUUGGCUUCGUUCUCGGAUAAUGCCGCUGAAAUCACCGGAUUGAAAUGGGGUCCUCUCGCAAACAAUCUGUUGGCCGCUGGUAUGGACCGAACAGUACGAUACUACGGAGCACCGUAAACACGGAAAAAGAAAAAGAAAAUCCAAGGCACAAGUGUCGCGCCCAUUUUGAAAUAUGUAUCCUCAUAAACUAGCUGUCAGAGAUGGGUUGUCUCUCAUCCGGGGUGAAAAAAAAAAAAAAUUCGAUUAAAUGAUCGCAAAAAAGAAAGAGAUCAAUUUGGCAUUCUGUAAUAAAUCACAAA